AUGAAUGAAAUUUUCCGAAUUGCAGCAAUCCUUCCGUUCAUAUCUGCAGAGUGGGCUGAAUGGUCUCGUUGCAACAGUUGGUGCAGCAAGGGGAUGAGAAACCGAUUAUGGUUCAAUAACGAAACACAGGAGUUGACAGACAAAGUGCCGGAUCUACAAGAGUCCCGGGAGGAAUGUGAUGGAGAAGAUCUUUUUUGUGCGUUGUCAUUAGGCCUGCCAGGCGUCUUUGCGCUUUUGGCAACUCUUGCUAUUUACACGCUUUGCAGAAAAACAUCCUCUGGGGACUUAUCUCGAGGUCACAAAGCUCUACUCAGCUAUCGAACUGUAUUCGGUGCUAGAAAGAGUAAGGCGAAAGCUGAAGCGGCUAAAAAGCGGAAGAAGCCGCGGAAAUCCAAGACACCUGAUUCUUCAAGUGAGAGUUCAAGACUUUUUGCAUGA